AACAUAAGUGAGCCGGGUGAAAUGAUAGUGCAAGGUUACGGGGAAGAUAAUGACUCUCUACAAAACUAUUUACCAGAUUUUGUUAGGCAAUCUGAGGACCAAGAUCUGAACACUCUUCCAGCUGCAUGUGUUGUGCCGAAUACAAUUAGAAUUCAUCGGGCUGUUAUCUUGAAUGAAUUGAUUCCCAUUUUCAAGGACCCAGUCAUUACGACCAAGCCUCUUCAAUUCAUUUUUGUGGAUGAAAAAGGCCAUGAUUCCCAAGGUCUAAGCAGAGAUGCAUAUGCUGCAUUUUGGGAAGCAUUUUGUUUGAAAUACACAGAUGGAGAGGAUUUCAGGAUUCCUAUAUUAUCAAAUGAACUAGGAGACACUGAAUGGGAAGCAGUUGGUAGAAUCCUUUUGAAAGGAUACAUGGAUUUAAAGUAUUUUCCAGUGAAUAUUGCCCCAGCAUUUUUUGUUGCAGUAUGUCAUGGCGAAGGUGCUGUUACUCCAGAAAUAUUGAAGAACUCAUUCCUGUCUUUCCUUUCUGCAACUGAAAAGGAUUUAUUAGGGCAUGCACUGUCAGAAGUCAGUUUUGACCUAGAUGAGUUGGUAGAAUUGUUGGACAGGUUUGAUUGCCACUGUAUUCCAAAUAAAGACAACCUUUCAUGUUUGGUUCUCCAAAUCAGCCACAGAGUCCUGAUACAAGAGCCAAAAUAUGCUAUGGAUGCUUUGCAGAGAGUUGGGCAAAUAAUUUGGAGAGAAGAGUUUCCAUCUGUCGACAUGAUUCUGUCAAUGUAUGCAAAAUCUGAGCCCACAGUGCCUAAAGUUUUGGCAUUAUUUUCUGCAAACCCCAUGUCAAAAGAACAAAAUGAAUCAUUCAAGUACCUCCAGAAAUUUGUGCGUGGUCGCAACAAGGAACAAUUGCGACAAUUACUUCGCUUCCUCACAGGGUCGGACAUGCUGUGUGUUUCCCAAAUUGAUGUAAGCUUUGUUGUUCGCUAUGGAGCAGGCAGGGUACCGACAGCACACACAUGCGGACCAGUGCUAGAACUUCCAUGCACCUAUGUUAGCUACCCAGAUUUUAGAAACGAGUGGGAGAGCAUCUUGCAAGCCAAAGAAAAUAUGAACAUGAUGAUUGCUUGAAGAAGUACUGCUACAUGAUGAUUCAUAUUUUGAAUUGA